CUUGGCGUGCCGGCGAUGGGGUUCGAGGCGGCGGCGGGCGGCGGCAGCGGCGGGAUCCGGGCGCUCACGCGGCGGAAGCAGGUGGACUCCGACCGGGCACGCGCCGCGGGCGGACAGCAGCUCGCCAAAGAGCUAUCCGUCACGCAGCUCAUCGCUAUCGGUGUUGGUUCGACGGUUGGAGCCGGAGUGUACGUUCUUGUUGGGACGGUUGCACGGGAGCACUCUGGCCCAGCAUUGACGCUCUCAUUUCUGAUUGCCGGAAUAGCAGCCGCUCUCUCAGCUUUCUGUUACGCGGAGCUUGCUAGUCGGUGCCCCUCUGCAGGAAGCGCCUACCACUAUUCAUACAUCUGCGUUGGUGAAGGAGUUGCAUGGUUGAUCGGCUGGGCUUUGAUAUUGGAAUAUACAAUUGGAGGAUCAGCUGUUGCCCGUGGCAUAUCUCCCAAUUUAGCGUUAUUUUUCGGAGGACCAAAUAGUCUGCCAUGGAUUCUAGCACGCCAUGAGCUCCCAUGGUUAGAUGUUGUUGUUGAUCCUUGCGCUGCUGCCUUGGUUCUCCUUGUCACUGGCCUGUUAUGUGUCGGAAUAAAAGAGAGUACAUACGUACAAGGAAUUGUGACGAUCCUGAAUUGCUGUGUGAUGCUAUUUGUUAUUAUAGCCGGUAGUUACAUCGGCUUCCAAACAGGAUGGGUCGGCUAUAAGGUGUCAGGCGGAUUUUUGCCAUAUGGAGUGAAUGGAAUGCUUUCAGGCUCAGCUACUGUUUUCUUUGCCUACAUAGGCUUUGAUUCGGUAGCUAGCACUGCUGAGGAGGUGAAGAAUCCGCAACGAGAUCUGCCAUUGGGAAUAGGAACAGCGUUGUCAAUCUGCUGUACCUUGUACAUGUUAGUUUCAGUUGUUAUUGUUGGUCUGGUACCAUACUUUGCUAUGGACCCAGAUACCCCUAUUUCUUCAGCCUUCGCAAGACAUGGGAUGCAGUGGGCAGUGUACCUUGUAACAUCUGGUGCUGUCCUUGCUCUCUGCUCAACCUUGAUGGGAUCAAUUCUGCCACAGCCAAGAAUAUUGAUGGCAAUGGCGAGAGAUGGGUUGUUGCCACCCUUCUUUGCUGAUGUUAGCGAGAAGACUCAAGUUCCUGUCAAGAGCACAAUCAUAACUGGCAUCUGUGCGGCCUCUCUGUCUUUCUUCAUGGAUGUUUCACAACUGGCCGGAAUGGUCAGUGUAGGCACGCUCCUCGCGUUCACCAUAGUCGCUGUCUCCAUCUUGAUCCUCAGAUAUGUUCCUCCAGAUGAGGUUCCCCUGCCAUCAUCUCUGCAAGCAUCAUUCCGUUUGAGCCAAGAAUGUGAUGAGGAAAAGGCGAGAGAUGAGAAUCGAGAACAGGGGACAUCUGAGAUAAAGGAUGUGAUUGUAGUAGAAUCAAUCAGUGACCCUCUUAUUGAGAAGCAGCUAUAUGCAAGCAAAUUGGAUGAGGUAAAGCGACGCAAAACAGCUGCUUGCAGCAUAGCAUCUGUAUGUGCAGGGGUUCUAAUCCUGACAUCUUCCGCUUCUGUCACAUUCCUGCCCUUCCUGGCGAUGUGCUUCCUCUGCAUCUUUGGCGGCCUGCUCCUCCUAGCUGGUCUUGGCAUGCUCUGCUGGAUUGACCAAGAUGACGGGAGGCACUCAUUUGGUCAUUCUGGGGGAUUCAUCUGCCCAUUUGUUCCAAUGCUGCCAGUGAUGUGCAUUCUCAUAAACACGUACUUGCUGAUAAAUCUGGGGGCUGGCACAUGGAUGCGAGUCGGUGUAUGGCUGGUGAUGGGGGUCUUUGUCUACAUUUUCUAUGGACGGACCCACAGCUCAUUGACCGAUGUUGUGUACGUCCCCACAGCUCAGGCAGAUGAGAUAUAUGCUUCGUCUUCUUCAGGGUUUGUGGCCUAGCUAGAUAAGAUCAUCCUUGAGAGUUAAGAGAUCAUAUGCUCCCGAGUCCAUUUCACAAAACCCUUGAGCACCCUGGCUGGAGGUGUUCCCUGUUGCUGCUGCACCCUGCGCGGCAUGGCAGGCAUGAGGUUUGAAGGAUUCAACAAAUUUUUAAGCUGUGUAAAUUGUAAAAUGUAGAAAUAUCAUCAUCAUCAUAUAUGUGCCUCAUUGGAGGAAUGUAAAUAGUAAAUAGAUAUGAUUGGAAGUGUAUAGUUUGCAAUAUGUGCAACAGUGCAAGGGGUAACUAAUGUAGUAAAUCGUUAUGAUUACCCCUGGGCCCUUCUAUUUUUCACGCAUCUUCUUGAUGCCGAUGUAAACAUUAUAUGAUUCAAUAAAGAUCUCGGUCUUUACUCCA